AUGCAAUGGUGUUUAAACAACAAUAUUCAGAAUCAUCAUCAUCAUCAUCAACAACAACAAUUACUUCUUAUUAAACUUCUAUUAUUUUAUUUUCGUUUCACAUUUUCGCUACAGGAACAAAAAUCAUCAAUCAUGUAUUAUGAUGAAACAAAAUCUUCUUAUUCGAUCUGUUCACCGGAACUAUUUUAUAAUGGUACGGAUGUACGAACAAAAAAUGACUAUGUUCAACCGUGUCCUGUUGCUGAACCAUGUCGAUGUUUAUGUGAAGUAGAUACAAAACGUUUAUGGAUUGAUUGUUUCUAUAAAAAAUUAAAAUCUUUACCCAUACCAACAAAUUGGAAUCAUUUGACUGAUACUACUAUAGUCACUAAUCGAACUAAUAAUGGAACAACACAAUUUAUUUCAUCUCGUCCAAUUCUAUGGUGGAAUAUUGAUUUAUCAUUUAAUCUAUUUUCAGUUAUUGAUACAAAGUUCUGGUCAAGUAUUUAUAUCAAACAUUUUGUUCUUUCUCGUUCACUCUCAUUCGACAUCAUUCGUCAUUUAAAUAUGACCCAUCGGAAUCUAAUUGAUUUGUGGCCAAAUAAUCAGAUUUUUAAUCUGACAGACGAUGAAUAUAGAGACAUUAAUGGCGAUAAUGACGAUGAUGAUGAUGAAAAGGAUGGUGAUGAUAUUGAAAAUGAUCAACAUUAUUAUCCGUCGAGAUUGAAACGCUUUCUAACAAUCACAGAACAUAAUAAAAUGUUACAACUUUUAAAUAAUUUAAAUGAACAAUUAAAUUUAAAUUCGAAACGAGUUGAAAAAUUUGAAAUGAAAUUAUUAGAUUAUAAUAUCACAAGUUUAUAUUUAGAUCAUAAUAAUUUAACAGAAAUUCCAAUUGAUUCAUUAGAAAAUGCCACUCGUAUCCAAGAAAUUUAUUUAUCAUACAAUAACAUUAAAAAAAUUCCAUCGUAUGCAUUCGGUUUUUCUCAUCGUUUAACACGUAUUGAUUUAAGUCAUAAUUUAAUAUCGAACAUAUCUCUGGAUGCAUUUCAACGUCAUCCAGACGCAUUUGGUGGACCAUUUCUAAUUGAUUAUUUAGAUUUGUCCUAUAAUAAUUUAACCAUAUUAGAUGAACCAUUGUUCUCCUAUUUAGUUAAUUUAAGAAUAUUUAAAUUACAACAUAAUAAUAUCAUAAUUCUUACACCGAAAGCAUGGACCGGACUCUAUCGUUUAAAAUAUUUAGAUUUAUCACAUAAUCAAUUAGAUAAUCUAACAACAAUAUUUUAUAGUUCCUAUCUCAACGAAUUAAGACAAUUGAAAUUAACAUCAAAUAAUAUAACAACAUUUGUUGGAUGUGAAUUUUUAACAUUAAAAGCGUUAACAAAAUUAAAUUUAAAUGGCAACAAUUUGUCCGACAUUAACUUAUGUACAUUUUAUGGUCUAAAUCAAAAUUCUAAUCUAAAUCGUUAUUCUCAAUCAUCAUCGUUACAUUUACAAUUGAAAUCAAAUCAAUUUAAAACAUUUAAUCCUUGUAUAUUCAAUAAUUUUUCUCGAUCAACAAUUGAAAUUGAUAAUAAUCCAUUAGUAUGCAAUUGUACAUUUAAUUAUUUAUUGAAUGAGAGAAAAUCUAUCAUUUAUACAGGUACACAAUGUCGUGGUGGAUAUCAAUAUGGUCAAAAUCAACAACAAAUGCCAGCCAUAAGAAAAAAUUCAAUCAUCGAAAAGAGUUCAUUGAGUUCUAAAAAAUCCUUCUUAAAUGAAUCAUAUACUAGUCAAGAAUCAAAACAUGCAUGUCGUGAACAAUACGCCUAUUAUAAUCAGGAAUGUAAAAAGUUAAAUUGUUUUCAAAUAUGUUUACAAAAUGAACAAUAUGUCUUACAAGUAUCAACAGUAUCAACACCGAGUAGAGCAAACAGUCAAUUAAAACAAAAUUUUGUAAUAAUUUACGUUAUAUCCUUUUAUUUCUAUUUUUAUAGGACAUAA